CUCUCUGAAGAAUCUGAGUCUUGUGCUUUCAAAAAAAAGUUCAUCUUUUGAUUCACAACCACCACCAUCAUUCUUUCCUUUAUCAUCCCCAUCCGACCUCAUCUCUUUAUAUACCCACGUACGUGUACGUUUGAGCAAUCAAGAUCUGGACUUUCCUUGCAGAAUGAAAGAGAAUUCGGGUUGUUCUCCAUUUCCCGUGAAAAGUAUGUCUACCCAUUAAAGAUGGGUUUCCAGGCUAUCGUCUCAAACGAGAAAUCAUUGUUUAAAGAUUGUAUUCUAGCCCACUUUCCGGUUCGCAGUGUAUGUUUGCAUGUACGCUCGCUAUUCCAUUUUUCCUUGGAUCUCUAAUUUCCACUCUAGGGUUUGAUGCGAGCUAGUUGUGUUUGUUUUCAUUUCUAUUGUUGCAUUAUUGGCUAUCCAGCCUAAGGGACACAAAGGAAGAGAAAUGUGGAAAAAUCUGCUGACCAAGCUUCAUAAAAAAUCACUGAAACCCGAUUCAGUGAAUUCUCCUAGGAACAAUUCGGACCCGAAUGCAGCUUUGGGCCGGGCAGGCAGCACUCCUAGGAAGACCUCCUCUGCUGUUUUUCCUGCGAGUGUUAUAUCUGGAAUCGAACCCCUUGUUUCCUUCAAGGAUGUCCCUACAUCUGAAAAGAUGAAUCUCUUCAUCAGUAAGUUAAGCCUCUGCUGUGUAGUUUUCGAUUUCACAGAUCCUAGUAAGAACACAUCAGAAAAGGAACUAAAAAGGUCCACAUUGAUUGAGCUUUUAGAUUUUAUCUCUUCUAAUCCCCCUAAGUUCACAGAGCCUGCUAUUCACGCAAUGUGUAAAACAUGUGCUGUUAACUUAUUCCGCGUUUUCCCACCAAACUAUAGGUCAACCGCUGGCCAUGCAAAUGAAAAUGAUGAUGAUGAGCCAACAUUUGACCCUGCGUGGCCCCACUUGCAAAUCAUGUAUGACCUCUUGCUUAGGUUUGUCACUUCAUCUUCACUAGAAGCAAAGAUUGCCAAGAAGUACAUUAACCAUGCCUUCAUUUUGAGACUGCUUGACUUGUUUGAAUCCGAAGACCCAAGGGAAAGGGACUGUUUAAAAGCCAUUUUGCAUAGGAUUUAUGGAAAGUUCAUGGUCCACAGGCCUUUUAUUAGGAAGAGCAUAAGCAAUGUGUUUUACCAAUUUGUGAUUGAGACCGAAAAACACAAUGGUAUAUCUGAAAUGUUGGAAAUCUUUGGGAGUGUCAUUACCGGUUUUGCAUUACCUUUGAAGGAAGAGCAUAAGAUCUUUCUUUGGAGGGCUCUUAUUCCUUUGCACAAACCUAGAUCUUUGACGGUUUACUUUCAGCAGUUAUCAUAUUGCAUUGCUCAGUUUAUUGAGAAGGAUCCUAAGUUAGCUAGCGUUGUGAUUAGGGGUUUGUUGGACUACUGGCCAAUCACAAACAGCCAGAAGGAGGUUAUGUUCUUGGGUGAGAUUGAAGAGAUUCUUGAAGUAAUUACAAUGGAUGAGUUCCAAAAAGUAAUGGUCCCGUUAUUCUGGCGAAUUGGAUGCUGCAUAAGCAGUUACCAUUUUCAGGUAGCAGAAAGAGCUCUCUUCAUGUGGAACAAUGACCAAAUCGUCACUCUAAUUGCGCAUAACCGGCACACCAUACUGCCCAUCCUAUUCCCAGCCCUGGAAAACAAUUCUCGUUCCCACUGGAACCAAGCUGUCCAGAGUUUGACUCUAAACAUAAGGAAGCUGUUUGUUGAAAUGGAUGACGAGUUAUUCUGGGCCUGCCAAUCCCAAUACAAGGAACAACAGCAGAAGGUAGACUUGGCAGCUCUAAAGCGUAAAAAAGAAUGGGAAUGCCUAGAGAGUCAGGCCCAACUGUUGCCAAUAGCAGGGAAUACUGCUGUUUUAGUAUCACCAUUAGCAACUAAAUCGGGCUGUUAAAAUGGGCCCUUGGAACCAGUUUGUUUAAGGAGAAAAUGCCGCUACUCAUCUGGUCCCAUGGUGUUUUUUGCAUUGCCCGUCUGGAUAGCAUUGCCCAUGUGUGUUGUAAGUUGUAAUUUCUUUAUAGUUGCCCUUUUGUUGUACUAUUAUGUACUAUAAGCCUCCCCUAAAAAUUUGAAUGGGGAGUGACUUGAAGUGGUAUGUAAAGUUCAUAAACCAGCAUCUCUCAUCACCCCUUCUUGAAUAAUAGUUAUGUUUCAGCUAAGCUAGGCAGUGAAGUGUUCAGGGAAUGUAAUGGAUUUUGUUGAAAAUAUCCUUGUAAGUGAGAAUAUGAGAGUAUUUCCUUGCAUUUCUCCA